AGACAAGAGUGAAUCAAUUUGAAGACAAUAUACAAUAUUAGAAUGUUGCCGCUACCGAGUAUCGAUCAGGAUCUACGCUGUCCUGGUUUCUGCGAUUGUCGUUUUCCCAGCUGUAUCGAUGUAGCCAACCACAAAGGAAACAUUCCCGAUCUGGUCACGUGUCGCUGCGGUGAGGACAGUGGCAAUGGCCUGGAGUGGCAGUGGCAUCACACGGAAGAUUCCGAUGCUCAAGUCAUAGGCAGAGAUAUCGUAUUCCAUCCCACCUACAGUCAGGGCACGGCCAUUGUACGUGGCGAACAGCCGCUGCAACAGGACAAAGUUCAUUUCUGGGAGAUGCGUAUAAUUACAGUGCUGGCCGGUACUGAUGUGAUGUUUGGCAUAGGCACCGAUAAUGUUAAUCUGAAACAAUUCAAAUUCCAUUUCGUCUCGGCGCUGGGCACCAAUGCCCAAUCCUGGGGCUAUUCCUACAACGGAAAAAUCCAGCAUUGCGGCGAACAGUUGCCCUAUGGUCAAAAGUUUUCCCAGGGCUGCUUGGUAGGCAUCUAUCUGGAUCGCACACGUGGCCAUUUGGAAUUCUUUUUGAACCGCCGCUCCCUCGGAGUGGCCUACACGAACAUACCAACAGACCCGCAUGUCAAAAUCUAUCCCAUGGUCUGCUCAACUGCUGCCAAGUCUGUCAUUCGCUUGAUUAACUCCACCUCUCAGGCGGCAACGCUGCAGCUGCGCGCAUUCGAAUCGCUUGCUAAGCAGCCGCAAAAGCUCGAUGAGCUGCGUCAAAUGCCUGGCCUGAAAAGAAUUAUGCAAUCAUAUUGGUUUCUCGCUCCUCCCGUACGCUACUCCAGAUGCUCUACAAAUCUGGACUUGGAUUUGUGCGAUGAGGCGGUACUUUCCAGCUCCAAGCUACGUCUGGGCAGAAAACAAAAAUAUAGAGAAACCGAUGAUGUCAACAUCGAUGAGGAUCUCUACGCGAAUGCGCACAAAAUUCCGGUGCGGCGCAACGACAGCGGCGAUGAGGAAUAUGUCUCAUCCAUUCACGAGUUCUGUGAUGAAUAUUUUCACUAUUUGUUGUAGUUGCAUAUCGGCUUUGAACUUAUUAUUAUAUAUAAA